CGCCACCUGGAGGCCAACUUUGAGCCCGUUGGUCGAGUUCGCUAGUUAGCUAUCGGAGUAGCAGCAGCAGCGGAGAGACCAGCAAACUUUCUCUUUCUUUUUUUCGUUUUUUUUUUUUCCCCACUUCGCGUUCGGUUGGCGGUGACGGGCCGACGGUUCUCGAUGGAUUCCGGUUGUUUUCCGUCGCCUGUGGUGCGUCAAAGGGAGCGUUAGACGACUUUGGGAGAAGUUGUGCCGAUUGUUUUUUUUUUUUUGGCGGAGGAGGAAAGAGAAAGAUGGACGCGGCGGGGGCUGAUUCUGAUCUAUUGCUAAUGCUAAGCUAACUGCCGCUAAUGGUAACGCCGACCGUCCGUCGGAGCUGCUCGGCCGGACGCAGCGCGAGGACUUCCGCCACCUUUGGAGGGCUCCAGUCGGCUUUCAGUUGGUUUCGUGCGCUGAUUUGAUCCUCAUCGUUAUCAUCCUUGUCAUCAUCGCUGUGACAAAGGCUCGCAUGCUGAAGAUUGUGCCGCUAACCAUGGAGGAGGAUCUUAGACGAGCCGCGCGGGUGCAGUAGGGCAUCAUGGGUAGUAGCUGUUCAAGCUGUCCAGACAAAGAAUUGAUUGCAGAUAAUCAUCAAAGUAAAUUCAAGGUGGUCAACGUGGACGACGAUGGGAACGAGCUGGGCGCCGGCGUGAUGGAGCUGACGGACGGCGAGCUGGUCUUGCACACGCAUCGCCGCGAUGACGUCAGGUGGCCAUACCUGUGCCUGCGUCGCUAUGGCUACGACUCCAACCUCUUCUCUUUCGAGAGCGGGCGCCGCUGUCAGACCGGACAAGGUAUCUUUGCGUUCAAGUGCGCACGUGCUGAGGAAAUCUUCAACAUGCUGCAAGACAUCAUGCACAGUCACAGCAUCAGCGUUGUGGAGGAAGCCGUGCUGGACGCCGGCCACCAGGGGGCGACGCUCUCACCUGCAGCCCUGGGUUACUCUGUGCCGACGGUGCCCAAUGGUGUGACACGGCUCCCGUCAACGGGCGAUGUCCCGUCCCACCCGUCCAGCCGCCACCCGUCGGUGGCCAGCACCCGGCUGCCGUCGGUGGGCGAAGAGUCCACGCACCCCCUGCUGGUGUCCGACGAGAGCGCAAGUCCGUCGUGCGCUCCCGCUGCCCCGGCGCCGCCCGACGAGCGCUGCCCCUGCUUUCAGGCGCACACCUACGUCAACACGGCGCGUCUGCUGGAGGAGCCGCUGAGCACUGACGUGCCGCCAGAGAGCCCCGCCUCCCCGGAUGCCCGUGGCCCAGCCACCCCUCCGCCCCCUCCACGGGUGAACUGCGAUACGCCGCCGCCGGAGCCCCGGGUGCUGCUCGAGCCGCAGGGCGCGCGCUUCGUGCUGGGACCCACGCCGGUCCAGCGACGGCUGAGGGAGGCGGGAGAGACUCGAGAGGGCGACAAGGAGGCGGCCGAAACAGGCGCAGCGCCCCACUGCCGCCGCCCGCCCCCGCUGAACCCCGACCUGCAGAAUGUCAACAACUCAGCGCAGCGCCGCACGGCGUUGCUGGACUACGAGAACCUGCCGGCGCUGCCGCCCGUGUGGGAGGCGCGCAAGUCCAGCUGGGAGGAGGAGGAGAUCGGCGGCGGCCUGAAAACACCGUCGCUCAAUGGCUUCAACCCGCAUUGUUGCCCCCUCCCGCUGUCGGCCGCCUACGAUCCCUCGCACAACUACAUCAACACAGAGAACGUGACGGCGCCGCUGAGCGCCCACCGACCUGAAACGGCGCGGCGCCGCCCUGACGGACCCACCGUCUUCAACUUUGACUUCCGCCGAGCGCUGGGGGCGGGCGAGCCGCCUAAGACGCUCAACUACAUUGAGGUGGAGACGGACAACGGGGGUGGCAACCGGGGUGCUUCGGACGGCAGCGACCCGCACACGCCGCGCACCCCCACCUCGCCCCCGCCGCCCGGCACGCCCACGCGCCGCACUGAGCUCUAUGCCCUCAUCGACAUCGAGCGCACGGCUGCCAUGUCCAACCUGCAGAAGGCGCGACCACGGGACGACGGCACCUCGCGCAAGACGCGCCACAACAGCACCGAGCUACCUAGCAAGAGUGCUGCUGCCUUGUGACUUUGUUCUUGUCUGGUACAAAUCAGUAUUACUGAAGCAAGCAUUCCAUUCAGCUCUGUUCAUGCUGCUCCAACUUCCUGGUACACUACUUCCUUUUUUGAUUGCGGCACAAUAAAAGUCUUUUUUCUUUGUA